CAUCCCCCAUGCUAUUCUAACAACCACCACAGAUACUCAGUACUUCUUCUUCUCCCAUCAUUUUCAAGCACUAUACACAAUUUCUGACGUGAACUCGAGGUUGAGGUCGAGGGCACGGAUCCGGCUAGGCUGCAAUUCCGCGAAUGGUAAUACAGGGGACGCAGAUGCAGUAAAAGUCCAGCCACAUCGGUCAAGGCCGGCCACCAAUUGCCUUGCGCCGUCUUUAUAUCUUGCAGCAAAGCGAAACCCUGUGCAAUCAAAUCAUCAGCACUCAGAAUUUAGCACUGCAUCUGCCGACUAACCCCGCUGUUACUCACGUCGAACAGCCCAGGCUCCCUAGUUCAAAGGCGGCAAGAAUAAGGGUUACAUGCUGCUCGCGACCGCAGCCUCUCUGUGUCGUUAAGCUCCGAUCCUCGAUCGCACUUUGAACGACUUCCUGGAUCGGAUUAUCCCCCCCAUUCGCCUUCCUUUUUCCUUUCUUUUUCUUGAGGCGGCAUGUCACCAGCCAGCAACAAUACUGUUACGUCCCCAGGCAAACGCCCUGCCCUGGGCCGCCGUUCCGUUUCCUCCCACGCGAUCGUUUCGACACGCACGUCCUCAGCCAAUACUACGACGGAUGCGACCGAAUCCAAGGCGCCCGCCACCCACAAAGCUCGCGCCCAUGUUGUAGGUGGUCAUCGCUCACACGGACGUAACCCAUCAUUUGGUAAGAACCUGAAUAAGCUGCAGAGGCUGCAUAGUACCCAAAAUGCGCAGCUGCUCACCGAAAGUUCGAUGAUCGGCACAGGCGCUCGUCACCAUCAGCGUAAAAAGUCCGCUCCUGUGACACCAGCUGAAAGUCCACGAAGCUCAGGUGCACAUAUCCGCUGGGAGGACACAAAUGCGUCUCUAGGCGAUCACAAAGCAAACACUGCCUCGAUACGAAAGAACUACUCAACCCCUGCACUCCAUCGCAAUACAUCUGCUAUUCUCGGCAAGAAAUCGCUCGUGACAGAACGGCCUCAUUCAGCGAAGGGACGGCCCAAGAAGUCAGUAGGCUUUGAACUGGCUGGGGACUCGGACUCCGAAGCAGAGUGGGAGGAUAGUACACAAUCUCCAGAAAGCACACGACGUGGCUCUGUUGCGCCAUCUGCCAAAGAUAGCGCUGAAAACAGUCAGGUUCUAGUAGAUCCUCUAACAUUUGUGAAGCGCCCAUAUCCCCAAGUACCACAAUCGAGAAGUUUACCGGAGUCGAUCAUCAGUACUCUACCUCAAGACGCCGAGGCCACUGAUGAUGAGGAUUCAGAAACCGAGCAACGGUCCUCGGUUUCUUCGAACGAUCAGGAACACCAUAUACACACUCAGGAAUCAGACGGCAUAGCGAAUCGUUUACUGAGCUCGUCUCGGACAUCCAAGGCCCCGCCAGCAAUGUCUUCUAUAUCAGCAAUGGGCACCGCCACAGCGGUUGAUGCAGCCCGUCGAAAUGCGUCGCUAACGAAUCUAAGUUCCAGCCAUGUUGGAUCACGGCAGGCCCCCCCGACGCCACUCACCCUCGAAACUCAAGCUACCCCUCAAGGCACAUCCUCAUCGAUCGAAGGUGGUGUGUCUCGUUUCAUUGAAAAUAGUAAAGCUAGAGCACAUGCCACGUCUCGAACGGAUUCCGAUCCCAAUACGCCGUCGUCUUUCCUUCCACACUACCAUCCACAAACACCACCAUCACCUGGUCACGCUUCGUUAAAGAAAGCCAAGGCUACAUCCCCUCGACCCCGACCUCCCGGCGAGGGUCCACCGUCCCGGACUCAGCAGAAAUUGUGGCUCCAACGUACAGCUACUUUGACUACAUCGCCUCCAGAUUCGCAUGGAUCGCCAGCUUUGCCUCCAUCCACUAUUGAUCCUGUAUUUAUGGCAGCAUCACAUUCAAGAGGUGGGCAAUACGAUAACGGACGAGGUACCGUGAAUGGAAGUGUUAGAGUAGGGACAGCUCACGAUAGUGAAGCUAAGCAUAUUCGCAAGGUCUACGAGAAAACAGCUUCGGAGAUAAAUGUUGUUCGACGCUUCCAAAACCCCACCAAAAACAGCUUCAGCCGAAUACAGAGGCUUGGCAAUGAGAUUGGUCGACCAACUUCGAAGUCCGGUUUAGCGGGGAAAAGUGUAAAAUCUGCGCCAUCAUUGACAAAUGGAAAAUUCUUACAAACACCACGCAACAAACGCUCGCGAGCUGCUCAUGUAGAUGCUGAUGCUGGCGCCCAGUCGAAUAGUCGACCAACGACAGCGAAACCAGGUCGUGUGUAUUUCCAGGAGCAUGAUGAUGUGGUCAACAUUGGCGACCCAGCAGAGGCAGCUGACCGUCUAGACGUUGAGCAUCAGUCUGAUAACCAACGUCCUGUUCAACAUAUCAUUUCGACUUCUAUGAACAGAAAUUCAGACGGGGAUUCUGUCGACAGAGAUAGCGACGGCUACUUUGCUUCAGAACAGGAAAUGCUUCUUCGUCGAAUGUGGGAAAGCCGUGGAGAAACCGCCAGCCCGGGAUAGCCUGGGUAACGAGGUUUUGUGUUGCAUAUCAUUGUUCUUGGGAUUAGAAGUCUAUCUUUCGGGCCUCCAAGACAGUAUUUUGUCACUCAUCCUCCUCCUCUGGCAUUCCUUAGGGCAGAUAUUUGGCCCUAUUUUGAUACAAUUCCACCUUGCAUUAUAACCUCUACAACCAUCACCUCCCUACUAUCUUCGUCUCCUGCCUGAACAGAUUCGGAAUUUGGACAGUUUUGCCGCGGCUUUUUUGCAUAACAUACAAACGGCGUUGAUACAUAUAUAUUCGUUGUCUUCUUUUUACUUGUUUAAUGGGAGGAGUCCCCCCUCCCACUUUUGACCUUCCUUACUUCUCAGCUUUUGUCCAAUUGUGUUAUACUCUGCAUGAUGCUCUUUGUAUAAGUAGAUAGGUGAUUCCCAGUAUCUUUUUUAGCUUCUUAUUUUACAUUAGGACACUUAAUACAUACUUCUUUCAAUG